AUGGCGGAGAAGGCAGUCAAUACAGCGUCCAGUGCCUUGACAGGUAAGCUAGGUAAAAAGCUAACAGUCUAUUGUUUACCAUAUCCAAUGUUUCUCUGCUGUAGCCUAUUUUGACAAGGGUUCUAUGACAUUGGCAUAGGGCUACGGGCAUGAACCACUGUAUCCGCAAACUGCAUUUCAAUGUAGUCUAUUCAGUCAUUCCUAAUGUAGCCUAUAUAGCCGAUGCUAAAUAUCGUUGACUGUAUUGAAGGUCAGUUGCCUAAACAAUGAAUAAUUGUUACAUCAAAAGGAUAACAUGCACCUUUGUUGAUUGCCAAAUUGAUUGGCUCUGUCCCAGAGGCGUCAUAUCCAUAGAGGGCACAGGGGCACAUGCCCCCUCAGAUUUGUUCUAUUUAAAAAUUGUAUUCUAAUUUUAGAUUUUUUGUUGUUGUUGUUUUGUUUCUCUGUAAUACUACUAGCCACCUAGCAAUUUUAUGAAGUUGGCUUUAGCAAGCCCAGAUAGGUUCCCAACCUCAUAAAUAGCUACUAAGAAGCAAUUUCAGGCUAUCAAUCAAGUUUGAGUAGCUAGCUUGUCUAAGUACACUACAUUACCAAAAGUAUGUGGACACCUGCUCGUCGAAUAUCUCAUUCCAAAAUCAUGGGCAUUAAUAUGGAUUUAGUCCCCCCUUUGCUGCUAUAACAGCCUCCACUCUUCUGGGAAGGCUUUCCACUAGAUGUUGGAACAUUGCUGCGGAGACUUGCUUCCAUUCAGCCACAAGAGCAUUAGUGAGAUCGUGCACUGAUGUUGGGCGAUUAGGCCUGGCUCGCAGUCGGCGUUCCAAUUCAUCCCAAAGGUGUUUGAUGGGGUUGAGGUCAGGGCUCUGUGCAGGCCAGUCAAGUUCUUCCACACCGAUUUCGACAAACCAUUUCUGUAUGGACUUUGCUUUGUGCACAGGGGCAUUGUCAUGCUGAAACAGGAAAGGGCCUACCCCAAACUGUUACCACAAUGUUGGAAGCACAGAAUCGUCUAGAAUGUCAUUGUAUGCUGCGUUAAGAUUUAUUUUCACUGGAACUAAAGGGCCUAGCCCGAACCAUUAUUCCUCCUCCACCUAACUUUACAGUUGGCACUAUGCAUUCGGGCAGGUAGCGUUCUCCCGUCAUUCGCCAAACCCAGAUUCGUCCGUCGGACUGCCAGUUGGUGAAGCGUGAUUCAUCACUCCAGAGAACGCGUUUCCACUCCUCCAGAGUCCAAUGGCGCUGAGCUUUACAUCACUCCAGCCGACACUUGGCAUUGUGCAUGGUGAUCUUAGGUUGUGCGCGGCUGCUCAGCCAUGGAAACCCAUUUAAUGAACCCCCUACGAACAGUUCCUAUGCAGACGUUGCUUCCAGAGCCAGUUUGGAAAUCGGUAGUGAGUGUUUACGCGCUUCAGCAAUCGGCGGUCCCGUUCUGUGAGUUUGUGUGGCCUAUCACUUCGCGGCUAAGCCUUUGUUGUUCCUAGAUGAUUCCACUUCACAAUAACAGCACUUAUAGUUGACCGGGGCAGCAAUCUGACAAACUGACUUGUUGGAAAGGUGGCAUCCUAUGACGGUGCCACGUUGAAAGUCACUGUGCUCUUCAGUAAGGCCAUUCUACUGCCAGUGUUUGUCUAUGGAGAUUGCAUGGCUGUGUGCUCGAUUUUAUACACCUGUCAGCACUGGGUGUGGCUGAAAUAGCUGAAUCCACUAAUUUGAAGGGGUGUCCACAUACUUUAGUACAUGUAGUGUAUCUUAGCUAGCAUGCCUGCUGGCAAGGUUGGUGGACAUUAGAAAAGCAAGCAAUUACUAAAUGCACAGAAUAAGACUCACAUUCCUUUCAAUCCUUUUCCCAGAUUUAGCAGAGAUGCAGAGAAGUAUAUUUAGUUUUUAAAAAUAGCCACCAGUCAGGAUGAUACAGACAGCUCAAGAGGUAUGCUUAGAUAUGCAGAAACAUAAUGGAUGGGGUGCUUCACGCCCCUGGCUGUGUCGCAGGCUGCAUUACCCACAUAUUAUAUUGUUGGAUACAUUUUAACCGUUGCCUAGAUUUUUGUGUCCAACACAAUUGUUUUCAGUUGCUUGUACAAGUGCAAUCAGAAAGGUAUGAUUUGUGCUCAAAAAGCCCAGUUAGAUGUCAGAUGUAACCUGAUCUGAGUUAGCUGAGGAACACUCAACUCCGUUCUCUGAGGAGUUGAGCAUUCCUCAGCUAGAUCUGAGUAUGUCCAAUCGAAAUUGCCCUGUAGCCUAGAAUUUAGGGCUGAUCAAAGGCAUAUAGCUGCAUCUGGCUUCGAGGCCUUAUUUCGUUUUUAUAGGGUGGAUACGUAUUUAAACAGGGACAUGAGACAUAUGGUUUCUCACCAGAACACAGACCAUUAAUCAACAGUUAAAGACAUGUGACCUGGUGUUCUUGUUAGUUGCCUACCUAUAAUGCCUGAUUAAGUUUCUAGCCUAUACUCUAAAAGCAUGAUAUGGACCGUCUCAAUCGAAAGUGCUUUUUAAUUUAUAGGCUUACUUACUCUGGGUCUGGGAAAGCACCCCUCAGUUCUUAGGUUAAUUCCUAGUUUCCCAAGAGUCAGUUCUAUUCAUUAUAGGCUGCCCGUGUACAACCCAAUGUUGUGAUUUGAUGGGUUUCUCCUUGACUGGGAGCUGUAUUAGAUUUUGGUGAGUGAUGCAGAAGUAACAGGACCAGAUAAUGGCUGCUGUUUUUAAUCUAGUCCAGAAUAAAGCAAUGGCCUGGCUGCUAUUUGUCCUAGACUGACCUACAAUAGCUAUUCAGACUUAUUUCUGUCUUUUCGCUUGACUCGCAUGUUUCCUUUCUUCUCCAGCCGAAGGAUUGUCUCCACCAUCAGUUGCGGAGAAGAGAUGCCAAAACAACAGCCAUGGCUCCCCAGCCCAUGUUGUUCUUCCUCCAGGGAGCCCAGCUGUGAAAAACAGUAAACUUCUCCAACUGAUGGCUCACACUCUUAACAUUUUAAAAUAUUGUAUUUUUACUUGUCUGAAAUGGAAAGGUUCUUCACAGAAUUACUUUACAGAAUUACAACAAUCACAAUUUACCAUGGCAGAAUGGAGUUGAGUUGAAUGAUUUGAUACUUGCAUGUGAAGGGGAGUCAUUGUUGAGUCUUUUUCAGAUUUUAAGGAUUACUAUUAGACUAUUUUCCAAGAAGAUGGGUUUCAAGUUUCCUACAGGGACCACAACGAAAGCAAUUGUUUUAUUAUUAAAGAAACUGGCCUAAAUUAACAUUAUAGUUCUACUAAGCUAUAUGGAAUUGUUUUAAGAAGGUCAUACCAAGGAUCAUUUUGCUAUUUGAUUUUGAAUUUGAAGACCCCUUGAAGUAUCAAAAUAUAUAUUUUUAAAUGAUUUGAUGAAACAUUUUAUUUGGCCUUACUGCUAUUAGCCCAUACAAACACAUUGAAUAACCGAUUCACUACAUUGACCAACAGAUAGUCCCCCUCAAAAAAAUCAAAAGGAAGUUUGUUCUGAAGUGUCUGUCCUAUAUCUGAGAGACAUAAGAAAGAUCAGGAAACAGUUUUUUUUCUUAAUGUAUUUAACCCCAUAUUUUUGGCACUAUACAGUCUCCAUAUACAGUAUACUUCCAUUAUUUUUUUUUAACUGGUACUGGGGGACCUUCAGAUGAGUCUUGUGAGGCCUGUGGGCAUUCUAGAGCAAAACACCAUACAUAUUUGUAUUAGUAUGUAGCCCAAACUGGCAGAUUAACUGUACCGACUUCAGACGAGUCCCAAGACAUUUGUGGGGGUCGUAGAGCAAAACGGAGAACACCAUCAUAUGUUCCUGAGAGUCUCAUCUUUCCAUAGAGUGGUCAUAGAUCUGUAGGACCGUUCGGACCCUACAGACGAUUUUGUGAGAAGACCGAUUUUUCGGGAUUUCUCAUGGUCUGACAAACACCGCUGUAGCUCUGUUACCUUUCACCGCAGAUGCGGAAGUGCGACACUGGCGGAUGUGGUGGAUUGAGGCACAUCCAGUGCAUCCAAUACUGAAGUUUAGUGCUAUGUACAGCACUGCCUUCCUCUGCUGAUAAACUGUGGGGACUGUUAUCUCUCCCAUAUCAGAUGAGGUGCUGAGCCCAGCCUUGGUCACAGAGAAGAGGCCCCAGCUCAAUGGGCUCCCCUCCCCUUUACGUCUGCCAGGCAACAACACUAACAAUCAUGCAGGUAAACAGUGUAAGUCCCACCCACACUGUGGCUGUUAGCUCUCCUACACAAUCUCUCCCUCUUUCUGGAUAUGAAAGCUGCUUAAGAUCUUCAAGGGUCCUCUCUAUAAACACAUCUUUGAACUUCUCUCCUCCUUCUGUUUCUGUCUAGCUUGUCUGUUUCUCUUUUUUAAAUCCCAUUUUAAAUCACUUUAUAUCUCAUUCUCUCAGAUGUGGAAGGGUAUCUGAGGACAGAUGACAGGAUGCGUUUAGCCAAAGAGAGACGUGAGGAAAGAGAUAAAGGUUUAGGUAAGUGAUGUUCCUGUCAGUAUUGAGACUGAUGGAAGUCAUAUCUUAUUGAAGCCAAUAUUAGCAGAAAUGUUCUAUAAUUUUGCCCCAUAAAACUUGCAGCCAGUAAUGAGGUUCAGGAACAAAGAUUGUUGUGGGUUCUUAUAGUGGUGUUGGAAAGUGUAGUAAUCUGGGUGUGUUGCUUGGUGUUUCCAGCGGUGCGAGAGCAGGUGAUCAUGGAGAAGGAGCGGCGGGCUCAGCUGCAGUAUGAGCGUACCGUGGAGGAGCGCUGGAGGAGGCUGGAGGAACAGAGACAGAAAGAGGAGCUCCGCAGAGCUGCUGUGGAGGAGAAGAGGAGACAGAGGCUGGAGGAAGAAAAGGUCAGACUCACCACUUAGCCACUACAUUUUCCAGUUCAUGAUGUGCUCACACUCACACACAGCUCUUUCAGCUCCAGUUCAGUUUCAGUUCCAUUUUUGUGUUUUUAUUAUUCCGUUUGUAUGCGCUGUUUUUGUUUCUGUGUGUGUGUGUGGCAUGAGCAGCAACAGCCCCAACAGACAGAUGUUGACAUCCCUUCAGAGAGAUAAGCAGGGACAUACUGUAUGCUCUUUAAUUCACUCAAAUCCUGUAGUUCAUUAAUCACAGUAUGCCCCGUACUUAACGUCGUCUCCCAAUCAAAUAUUGGAUAGACCUCUGCUCCGUUAUGUAACGGGGAUUCUCCCCCCUCCCCCCCUUCUGGGAAAGCUGAUGCCAUUGGUAUUGAUCUCUAUGUAAAUCUCAGGGACCUCAUCAGACUAAUCAAUGAAUGUCUCUGCCAUUCCAUUUGUUUAAUCUGAUCCUAAUCCUGCUAUGUCAUUGCUCUCAAUUUGUCAAUGCCUCCCAAAAUAUCUGCUCAGCCACGACGACAUUGACAGCUUUGUCUUUUUAAACCAUGUCACACACUGCCACUUUCCGAAGACUACUCUGAGGCUAUUUAUUUUUGGGAUUUGUAGCCUACAUUGAUUCCACCGUUUAGCCUUUAAACCUAGCAUAAACAUAUAUGCUAUAGAGAAUUAAGUUAGUCUAAAAAAAGUGGAGUGAAAUAGCAUGAAUUAUCAUUUUUGUCUGCUCUCUUGAUAUCUUUGUAAAAGUGGUAAUAUUCAUUAGAUCAUGCAAAAUGAGGAUUUUUGAGACUUGGAUGAUACAGAAUUUGCCUUGGGCAUCAAUCUCACCUGGAUCGAUUAUCUGUGUGUGUGCGUGCGUGCGUGCAAUGUGUGUUUGUGUGUUCCUAUUGGAUGGAUUAUAUCCUCUGGAUGAUGUCAUUUUAGACCAAUAGAAAUGCAGGAGGAGCCAAUGUGGUGUGGCUAAUGUCAUAUUUGCUUUUCUGUGUUACUCAUUUGAGAUUCUUUCACUUUCUUUUCACCCUUUCUUGAGUCUUUGCAGUGUCAUUCUGAUUAAUAUAUUUGCUAUUGUGCUGGCUUCAUCUGUGUGUGUAGUUCAUAUUGCCGGUGCAUGUCCAUGUAUUGUUAUGUGUUCGAUAGGAAGAAAUGAAAAGGAAGAGCAGGGAUAUAGAUAGGAGGAAAAGAUGGAGCAAUUGUAAAUGGAGAGAUGUUGGCAAUGGUUGAUCACCCACCAGAUGGCUUUGUCUCCUGCUCUGUUGGGCUGUGUACCAUGGCAACACAGUGGGUGGUGAAGGGUUAACUAGCUUGGAGGAAAGAUGAUUUACUGGGGAAAAUCUGAGUAGAACAGGCGGCUAGAAGAGCGGGGUGGUGGGGGGUGGGGGGGGGGGGGGGGGGGUAUAAAGGAAGGGGAGCUAGUCUGCAACCUGUGUCAAUACUGUUGCUUGCUGGGAGAUUGACUGUGUGAGUGUCUUUAAAUCUACAUGUGUAUGUGAUUGGAGGGGUGGAGUCCACGGCAGCUGUGGUCUCUCUCUAUCUGCCUGCUUUGGUAAAGUGAGACUGUGCUGUGAGCCUGUACUGUGCUGUGUAAGAGGUGGUGGUUAUGGAGCGACCAGCCUGGUCCUCGUGGGAGGUCCAGGGGAGCAGCUAAGUGACAGUCCCUUGUUUUCCCGGUCCUGGAACGGCACAACCAGGAGCGACUGGAGGCUCUGAUGAAACGUUCCCUGGAACGCAGCCUGCAGCUGGAGCAGAGGCCCAAACGCUGGACAUGGGGUGGAGCUGGAGGAGCACAGGGUGAGUCCACAACAGGGAGAUGGAGAUGAGGACAAUGAGGUGUGAAUGAUGAAUCAGUGACUGGAAGGAGAAAUGGUGAGAGGGAGGGAGGGACCGCACUAAAUGUUCUAGGCUAAUUCGAUUUGGCAUGUCCCUUUGUGGCUUUUAAAGUUCUAGGAUAAACAUGUGGGGUGCUCCUCUCUAUCAGAUACAAGCACACAAGCAGUCCAUCAGAUUAACUAGCACACAAUAGGUGUUGUUCUGGAAGCUGCUGGUAGCUGAUGACUGUCCUCCACCCUUCUAGACUCAAGGUCAGACUGUGAUGUCUCUGUGCCAGCCUGUCCCAGACCUGUCGUAAACCAUGGAAAUACACUGCUCAAAAAAAUAAAGGGAACACUAAAAUAACACAUCCUAGAUCUGAAUGAAUGAAAUAAUCUUAUUAAAUACUUUUUUCUUUACAUAGUUGAAUGUGCUGACAACAAAAUCACACAACAAUUAUCAAUGGAAAUCAAAUGUAUCAACCCAUGGAGGUCUGGAUUUGGAGUCACCCUCAAAAUGAAAGUGGAAAACCACACUACAGGCUGAUCCAACUUUGAUGUAAUGUCCUUAAAACAAGUCAAAAUGAGGCUCAGUAGUGUGUGUGGCCUCCACGUGCCUGUAUGACCUCCCUACAACGCCUGGGCAUGCUCCUGAUGAGGUGGCGGAUGGUCUCCUGAGGGAUCUCCUCCCAGACCUGAACUAAAGCAUCCGCCAACUCCUGGACAGUCUGUGGUGCAACGUGGCGUUGGUGGAUGGAGCGAGACAUGAUGUCCCAGAUGUGCUCAAUUGGAUUCAGGUCUGGGGAACGGGCGGGCCAGUCCAUAGCAUCAAUGCCUUCCUCUUGCAGGAACUGCUGACACACUCCAGCCACAUGAGGUCUAGCAUUGUCUUGCAUUAGGAGGAACCCAGGGCCAACCGCACCAGCAUAUGGUCUCACAAGGGGUCUGAGGAUCUCAUCUCGGUACCUAAUGGCAGUCAGGCUACCUCUGGCGAGCACAUGGAGGGCUGUGCGGCCCCCCAAAGAAAUGCCACCCCACACCAUGACUGACCCACCGCCAAACUGGUCAUGCUGGAGGAUGUUGCAGGCAGCAGAACGUUCUCCACGGCGUCUCCAGACUCUGUCACGUCUGUCACAUGUGCUCAGUGUGAACCUGCUUUCAUCUGUGAAGAACACAGGGCGCCAGUGGCGAAUUUGCCAAUCUUGGUGUUCUCUGGCAAAUGCCAAAUGUCCUGCACGGUGUUGGGCUGUAAGCACAACCCCCACCUGGGGACGUCGGGCCCUCAUACCACCCUCAUGGAGUCUGUUUCUGACCGUUUGAGCAGACACAUGCACAUUUGUGGCCUGCUGGAGGUCAUUUUGCAGGGCUCUGGCAGUGCUCCUCCUUGCACAAAGGCGGAGGUAGCAGUCCUGCUGCUGGGUUGUUGCCCUCCUACGGCCUCCUCCACAUCUCCUGAUGUACUGGCCUGUCUCCUGGUAGCGCCUCCAUGCUCUGGACACUACGCUGACAGACACAGCAAACCUUCUUGCCACAGCUCGCAUUGAUGUGCCAUCCUGGAUGAGCUGCACUACCUGAGCCACUUGUGUGGGUUGUAGACUCCGUCUCAUGCUACCACUAGAGUUAAAGCACCGCCAUCAUUCAAAAGUGACCAAAACAUCAGCCAGGAAGCAUAGGAACUGAGAAGUGGUCUGUGGUCACCACCUGCAAAACCAGUCCUUUAUUGGGGGUGUCUUGCUAAUUGCCUAUAAUUUCCACCUGUUGUCUAUUCCAUUUGCACAACAGCAUGUGAAAUGUAUUGUCAAUCAGUGUUGCUUCCUAAGUGGACAGUUUGAUUUCACAGAAGUGUGAUUGACUUGGAGUUACAUUGUGUUGUUUAAGUGUUCCGUUUAUUUUUUUGAGCAGUGCAGUCAACUCUGAGGGGAGUAAAGCAGACCGUUUUAGAAUUGACAACAUAGUUGCUGCUGGUUUAGGGCAUUAUUGAGGGCUCAUAUCCUGAGUCAGGUAUUGAUGAUUUCAUUUCGAUGGGGCACUGGGAGUUUGGUGUUCUUUUUGGAUUAUGAUGGAGGACUGAGAUACAAAAACAUAAUGUUCAAAACGUAGAUGCUGUUUUUAUGAAUGUGUUUGUACGUGUGAUUUGGAUUGGGUCAUAGAGGGAUACAUGUAUAUAGAGGAUAAAGGUGUGUAUGUGAGAGAGAGCCUGCUCAUUGCCUCCAGCCUUGCUGCAUGGGUUUACCUCCCCAGACCGUUGUCUACAGGAGCGCCCUGCUGGCUGCAGAGGUGUAUCAGGGGGUCAUCAGGUAAAGCCAUGAGUGGCAGCUCUGGUCAUAAUGCUGUGCUCUCUCUGCUCUGCUCUGCUCCGCCCGCUGCCUAUAGGUGACUGUGAGAAUGCCCCUCUCCCCGCCUCCACCUUUCCCCAUGAACUCGCCGCCCCCUUUCCUGCUGCCAGCGAAUCCGGUAAUGUUAUGAACCCCUCCCGUUCGAUCCACCAAUCCCCUGUCCCCCAUCCUGCUCUCACCCCACAGUGACCACUGCUCUCAUUGGCUGUUUGGCUUGAGGGAAAUGUCAUGCCAACUCAAAGGUUUUAUGUAUAUUUCCCAGAAUGCAUGUGCAACAGCUGAAUCAGAAAGUGUGCGGAAGCAUGAGGAUGUGUGUGAAGAGUCAAUGUGUGCCUGGAACAAUUACUAAUGUACAAAGUACACUUUGAUGUUGUAUAAUUGCUGCUUUUAUCAAUGUAUUUCUUUAACGUGUGUAUGUGUACGGUAUGUGUGAGGGUAUGUGUUGGUGUUUGUGCUCAGCUUGGGUAUUUUGAUGUCUUAGUUGUCUUUUGGCACUUGCAAGUUGUUCCGGGUCGAGCAAAAGAGAGAGCAAGGGAUAACAAUAGAGAUGUAGGGUUUUAGGAUACAGUGAGAAGAAAGUGAACGAGAGAUCCAUUAGGAAAGGACAGGCACUAGAGAUCUACAGUACACAAAUAACCAAGGAACACGGCACAUGUACACCACUUCACUUCGUCCUUUUCAUUGUUUGAAACCUCCUCUCGCUCCUCAUUGAAAUGAUGUCACUCAGUCACAACACAUUGGUUGAGGUUUGACAUUCGCAAUGUGUUUCUUUCUGCAUUUUAGCAAUCUGUAUAUCACCCAUUCCAAUACUCAGUGUUAUAUAUUUUGUAUUUCAGAGAGCCCAUCCUAUCCCCAUGAGUAUUUGGAAACAUAACCCAAUAAUAAUGAAGUGAUGAGCAGUAUUUGCCAUUCAACAUGCACAGGAACAAGUAGUCCCCCAGUUUUACAUAGAAGUACUACUAGUAUUUAUUCUACUACUAUCACCACUAGUACUACUACUUCUACCACUAUCACUACUACUACUAGUACUACUACUACUAGUACUCCUUCUACUACUAUCACCACUAGUACUACUACUACUACUACUACUACUACUACUACUAGUACUACUACUACUAUCACCACUAGUACUACUACUACUAUCACCACUAGUACUACUACUAUCACUACUACUACUACUACUACUAGUUCUACUACUAUCACCAUUAGUACUACUCCUUCUACUACUAUCACCACUACUACUACUACUACUACUACUACUAUCACCACUAGUACUACUACUAUCACUACUACUACUACUACUACUACUACUACUACUAGUACUCCUUCUACUACUAUCACCAUUAGUACUACUCCUUCUACUACUAUCACCACUACUACUACUACUACUACUAUCACGGCUACUACUACUACUACUACUACUACUACUACUAUCACGGCUUCUACUACUACUACUACUACUACUACUACUACUACUACUAUUAUCACAGCUACUACUACUACUACUACUAGUACUCCUUCUACUACUAUCACCAUUAGUACUACUCCUUCUACUACUAUCACCACUACUACUACUAUCACCACUACUACUACUACUACUACUACUACUACUACUACUACUACUACUACUAUCACGGCUACUACUACUACCCUGAACACUAUGACUUCUGCAACUGCUACUCUCACCCUCACUGCUAAUAGCUACUCUUGUUGGUGUCAUUACAAAUGACAAUCACACAUUUUUGAGGCAGACCCAUCCUACAUCCUUUCCAUUCUCCGGGUGUACAGUACUCACUAGUCUAGAACAAGCAUUCUUAGUCUUGUUCCUCCUCUCCUUCUGCUUCUAGCACCUUAAUUUCUCCGUCUCAUGUCCCUCAUGGCGUUUUGUUCUGUUCGUCAUCCUCAUCUCCGUCCCCUCCUCCCAACUCCUCCAUUGACCCCUGACCCCUCCAUCAGCCCAGUGCUGUCACCUGAACUCUGUGGAGAGCCUGACGGUCCACCGCCUUCUUACCCACACUCACUCCUCUAUGGCCAGGUGCAGCAGACCUCCAUCUGCCCUGCCACCGAUGCACAGGUAACAGCUAGACAAAACAUCUGGACUGGCAAGUUUUUGCACAUAGGCAGUAAAUGUUUCCAGACAGGUAACACACCGGUGACAUCGUGCAGCAUUAGUGAUAUAGAAACUCGGGAAAGCAUGGCAGCGUUUCUACUUCUGUCUAGGUCUGGCUUUUGUGAAUGUAUGUAUCUGAGGGUGUAGAUGUGUUUUAAAUGUGUGUAUUCAGUAUGUGUGUGACUGCUGUCCACAGUGUUUGUGUGUGUGUAUGUUUUGGUGUGACAAGGAGAAAAAAUACCUACAUGCUAAGAUGCUUCACAAAAGUGUUGCUUAACAGUGCAUGCCUUACAUAAUAUGCAGUGAUGUAGUGGUAAAGAAAAUAGGUGGAUGAACACAGAUCGCCGUUGGCAGUGAGUAAAGUAACACUCCUUAUUACUUUCAAUGAAUUUUUCUACAACGCUCGUAUGAAAUAAAAAAAGGGGAGUAAACUGUGUUUACCCUCCACUACACCACUGUAAAUAUGGCAGUAGUAAUGUUGCUUCAGCAUAAACUUUAUUAACUCUAUUUAGUAUUCGUGAUGUAUUUGGGGGGAUUGUGCGAACAUCACUCUAACUUGCGACAGAUGACCAUGUGAAAAGACAAAAUAGUUUGAAUGAUUCAUUAAAACAAUUGAUAGUAUAGUUAAUUUCCUCCAUACCUAUACUGUGGGUAUUGAUCGGAAAAUAUGGAAUUACCAUCAUUGUAUCUCCUCUGACCACAAUACAUCUUAACUUGAUCAUUAAUUUGACCUUUGACCUCUGAGUGUCUGAUGUCUGUCGUUGUGCAGCUCCCUGCAGCCCCCACAGGUCACCCUAUCAGGGCUCGCCAAGCCGGGCUAAUCGACGGAGGCUCCAGGGCUCUCCAGAGGAGUCAGCAGGAGGGUAUAUCUCCACCCCUCAAACCCCCAAGGUCAGGCUUGUUUUACCUACCCACUUGGUUGUUGAAUAGACAGAAACCAGUGCAGAACCUUGCUAGCACUGAGUUGGUAGGGCCAUGUUGGCAGGAUUACACACGCAUGCCCACACAAUGGCAUUCUCUCUGGUGUGUUUUCAGAAGGAGAGGUUGCGCAGAGAGAGAAGGACUGGCUCCCCAGCGACAGGCUCCCCUGUGAGAAGAGCAGAAUCCCCAGCCAUGUUCACCAGAGGCUCAGCCUCCCCCACCAACCCCAAGUAAGACUCGCUGUCCUGCUGCUGAAUCCAUGUGGUCUGUCCUAGUUACUAUGACAGAGGGUUAUGAUAUUCUGGUUGUAGGUUGCUGCCUAAGAGCUGUACCCAGUCUCCCUGCACUGUGCGCCAGUACCACUCCUCUCCCAACAGGCACAGACCCACCACCCCGGUUACCGACAGCAACAAGGAGGAGGUCGGACAAGUUGAAGAAGCCAAAGGUCACAACAACAUCAGUGACAGAAAUGUCUCCAAACCAGAGAAAAAUAUGUCUGAUAUCCAGAGCCCUGAGAAGUCUUCUCAAGCCGACACCCCUGAAAAAAAACUGUCCAACAUGGAGACCCCAGAAAAGAGGUUCCCCAAAACUGAGACCCCCAAUAAGAACUUAAAAGGUGAGAUUUCUGAAAGGAAGGACUCUCCAGACAAGAAGAGUCCUAUGGCUGAGACUGCUGAUAGGAAAGCCUUCAAAAUAGACACUCCAGACAAGAAGAUGCCAAAGUCCGCCUGCAGCGACCUGAUUGCAGAUAAGAGCACAGGUGAAACUCUUUACCAAUCUUUUUUGUGUAUAUCAAUAUUUAAGUACAUCUAUCAGUGCAUUGUCAAAAGGGCACGAGUUUCAAUGCACACUGAUGUCUGCCUUUAUCUUUGUGACAGAGCCAUCGCCAGUGACACCAACAGGGAAAGGAGUUGCCGGGACGACAAGCGCAGAGGAAGCAUCUAGACUGCUAGCGGAGCGUAGGCGUCUGGCCAGGGUGCAGAAGGAGUUGGAGGAGAAACAACGUCGUGAGCAGGAGGAGGAUGAGCGGUAAGGAGACUGUGUGUCUCAGUGGUUAGUGUCACCGUGUAUCUCUUUGUUUACCUGUAUAUGACAGACAGAUGGUGUGUCUGCUUGUCCGUGUAUGUGACUGAUGGCAUAUACUGCAAGUCACCAUGUCUGUCUCUGUGGCACUCAGUCUGAAGGCGGAGCAGCUGAGGAGGAGACAGGCAGAGGAGCGGGCACGGCAGGAGUUGGAGACUCAACGGGCUGAGGAGGAGAGGAGCAGACAGGAGGACCUCCGCAGGACGAGAGAGGAAGAGGAGAAACAGCAGAGGGAGGUCCGGGAGAAGGAGCUACAGGUCCAGAUGGACAGAGAGGUGGGGUCACUAUGUUGUGACAUCUACGGUGCAUGUUUAACAUGGUGUGUAUGCACAGUACUGUUCCACUUCCAAGCAUAAAUCCUUUAUCUUCCUCAAUACAGAAGGAGGAGGCCGAGUUUCAGGCACAGAAGGAUGCAGAGCGUCAGCGUCAGGAGAGAGAGAUACUGAAGCUACAACAAGAAGAGGAGAGACAGCUGCGGAAGAAGGUUUUUAUGACUCCGAAAUCAAUGCUUAUUAUUGAAUAAAUCAGCAUCUCUGAAACCCAGUCUGCAGCGCUCAGUACACGUCAUCAAAGUCACACCUGGACUACUGUUCAGUCGUGUGGUCAGGUGCCACAAAAAAGGAACAUUUGCAAUUGGCUCAGAACAGGGCAGCACGGCUGGCCCUUGGAUAUACACAGAGAGCUAAUAUUAAUAAUAUGCAUGUCGAUCUCUCCUGGCUCAAAGUGGAGGAGAGAUUGACUUCAUCACUACUUGUGUAUAUGAGAGGUUUUGACAUGUUGGGUGCACUGAGCUGUCUGUUUGAGCUACUGGCGCACAGCAUGGUCACCCAUGCAUACCCCACAAGACAUGUCACCAGAGGUCUCUUCACAGUCCCUAAGUCCAGAACAGAUUAUGGGAGGCGCACAGUACUACAUAGAGCCAUGACUACAUGUAACUCUAUUCCACAUCAAGUAACUGAUGCAAGUAGUAAAAUUAGAUUUAAAAAACAGAUUAAAAAAAACACCUUAUGGAACAGCGGGGACUGUGAAGCAACACAAACAUAAGCGCAGACACAUGCAUACACACACACACGAUAACAUACGCACUUACACACAAGUACACAUGGAUUUUUGUACUGUAGAUAUGUGGUAGUGGUGGAGUAGGGGCCUGAGGGCACACAGUGUGUUGUGAAAUCUGUGAAUGUAUUGUAAUGUUUUUAAAAUUGUAUGAACUGCCUUAAUUUUGCUGGACCCCAGGAAGAGUAGCUAAUGGGGAUCCAUAAUAAAUACAAAUACAAAUAUAAAGUCUGUACCAGUCCUUAAUCAAAUGUUGAUGCUAUCCCCACAGAGAAUUGAGGAGAUAAUGAAGAGAACCAGGAAGUGUGAUGAGAACCAGGAAGAGAUGAAGGUACUGUAGAGAUGCCUGCCGUUCUCAUAGCUCUGCACGGCUUCAACCAAGGGACCUGCUGACUGCUGUAUUAUCCAUGUGAUGUUGUGUGAUCUUGUAAGGUUUUGCAUACUAAUACAGUAUGUGCUUUGCAGCUGCCCCCCAAGAGCUUUUGUUUUGAUAUCUAUGUUGUGCUCAUUAUCAUGAUUAAAUUGUAUCAUUGUUGAUACAUUGGUUUAUGCGUCCUGAUUACUACAGGUCUUAAUCACACAAUAUUAUACACAAUUUUCUUCUUAAUAAUGGAAUAAUAAAUGUUGCCUCCAUCUGUGUUACAUAUUGAAGCAGAAUGAGGAAGGGCAUGUGGAUACUCUGCCUCAGCCUGUCUCACCACCAGGUAGGUGAUCCAUUCCACUCACCCACUGAUACUCUGCCUGCCUGUUCACCCCAGCAGGAAAGACCCCUUAUGAAUGUAUAAAUGCUUACUAAAGCAUGUUGUAUAGGAGUCCCACCCAGUGGCAGCAGUGGGUAGCCUGGUCAUGGUGGGUGAGAGACCCCAGUACUUUUCCAUCAAUAUAGGAGACUCCUGCAUGUCUGUGAUUUAGCAGUGUUUUUCCAAUACCUGUCCUCAGGAGAGGAUCGGAUUCGCUCUGCAUCCUAGAUUAUGUUCAAGGUCUUUGGAUAUUUAUAACUCCUCUGUUCCUGCCACAAUGCAGCCCUCAGCAUGUAACUUCAUCCUUUAUUAUUUUUCACUAGAAAGGUUGGACAUACAGUAUUUAGACAAUUUAAUGAAAUUGAAGAGAAAGACCAAUCUGUAUUUCUUUUUUUAUUUGAUUAGCUGAUGUAGAACAGAGGGCCGUAGCAAAUCUGUCCGUCUACUUGAUCUUGGAAACCCCUCUGGCUCACAAAGGUAGUCAUCUAUGAUAUGUUGCCACGGUGGUGCAUACAGGUGAAGGAAUGGACUAAUUUCAAGGAGAACAGUGGCCAGGGAUUUAACUCAUUCUGACAGGGAAGGCAUGGGAUUUGUGUAUAAUUAGCAUAUCUUUAAGCCGUCCUUGGUUAGGUCUUGUAGUGCUCUUUCUCAGGGAAUAGUCCUGUGCAAUGUGAUCAUUUUGUUCUCUACAGGGGAAAUGCAAAUGAACUCAAACAUGAAGAUUGAAACUAAUGCUCAGGUGAAUGUGCAAGAAAACCCAAAGGUUGAGUCUCAGGUUAAUGGACAGGUCACUGUCCAUGUCAACAAGCAGGACAGUGCCCUGGUGAAGGGACAAGCCACUGACCAGGUUACCCCACUGAAGAAUGAUCUGCAAAAGGGACAGGACGCUAAACAACUAAAUAAACAGACUGCCCAAGUGAAUGGACAGGGUGCAGCCCAGGUUCUCAAGCAAGAGAGUGUCUUUGUGAAGGGACGGGUGAAUGCAAAGACCACUGUCCAAAUGAGUCGUCUGGAUAAUACAAAGAGACACGAUGCUCCCCAAGCGGGCAAACAGGAGAGUGUCCAAGCGAAUGUACAGGUGAAGAAACCGGAGGAAACCCAGGUGAGCAGCCAAGCCACUGCUCAGCUCAAAAUCCAGGAGAGUACCCAAGUAAACGUGAAGUUGACCACACAGAAAAUCGGACAAGGGGUGCAGCCCAAGAAACCGUCCGUGGCGUCCCUACCGGUGGGUCGACCCCCACCUCCACUCAUCAACCUGGAGCCUCUGGUUGUGAAGAGCAGCGGGGCGUAUGACGAAGUGCAGUACAUGGAGGUCAGGUAAGCCAUCAGAGCAAGGCCAUGUCUAUCUACAGGAAGACAUGAUGAUGUACGUAUAACUGAUUAAACCAAUAAAUGCAACAGAUACUGGUUAGUAUGAAAAUGUGCAUAUGCAUUGCCCACCAUGCCAGCAACCUAUGUGUGUUACCCUCACAGCAUAUUAAGGGUUUUGUAUCAACACAAUCCUAUUUGGAGCUUUACCACAGCACUUUGUCAUACCCUGAGGAAUAUUGAUAAUGAAAAUGGCUUCACAUUUAACACUUUGCAUAAUAAAUUAUUCACCUCAUAUCCGCCCUUGAUUACUCACGGGCAGCAUGCCCCAUAGUAGUAUACCAUCGAGGGAAUAACCAUUAUGAAAUUCACAAACUUGCUCCCUCUCUCAGCCCAAUUUCCAAGGAGGAGCUAGUCUCCAUCCCAGAGUACUCCCCAGUCAAUGAGGUCCAGCACAACGGCAUGAGUAAUGCCCGAGCCCUGGAGGAUCUGCUGGACCUGACAGGCCAUGUGGCCUACCCCAAACUGUCCCCCAUGGGAAACCUAGGAGACUGCAACAAGAACCUGAUCGGGGGGCUCUGCAGCCCCGGUGCCGAUUCCAAGCUCAUCCAAACUCAUCCUCCACCCUCACACAAGCUCAACAUCCAGUAGUCGGUACUAAAACAUGCAUGUGAGGAUGAGAAUGUGAAUCUAUGUGCAUGUUUGCACACUUUAAAUCACACACUAAAGUUGUCACAUACAGUACCUCGCCCACACUAGCUUCUCUCAAACACACAGAAUCUUAUGAUGACCUUUUUAUUUUCAGAGCCCUAGACUGGCAAGACAAGAUGGAGAGAGCAGAGGGAAAUCAUCUGUGUUGUCUGAUGUUAUUGAGGAUGGAAGUCUCUGCACCUCUUGAGAUGAGAGAGAAAUCACUCUGAAUGUAGUUUUUGUUCCUCCUUGUUGGUCUCCAACCUUGAAUGUCCAUUAACCUUCAACCUCCUACAUACAUCUGUCUUUAUAGCCUUGUACCACGGAACAUAAGUGACAAUAAUAUUCAUAGAUUUACUGUACUUGUCAGAUAAUACCCUGAUGAUAGUUAUAACUAUCUGUGUCAUGUCAUGUAUUGCAUAGAGCAGUUGUUAGUAUGGUGUCUGAAACGUGUGUGUAGGACUGUCUCAAUGAAACAAAGUGCCCACGAAGCAAUUUACUUUUGACUACCUGUUAUGAUAUGAAGCAGUUAGCUAAGAUAGUUAAAUCUAAUUUUAAAACAAAAGCUCUUAUUCUGUAGUUGGGUAGAAACACAGACUGGUGAUAGCCUCUCCUCUCUUUAAAUAAUUGUUAUGGUGAAAGACCCCACAUACCCAUGUAGAGUAUCAUAUCAGUAAUUUGCCUUUGCUAUUGCAGUAUUGUUCCUCUAAAGACGGAAGUAUUGUUCCUUUAAUGAUUGAAAGAUUAAUAUAGCUCUGUUUCCACCCAAUGUAGUUUAGUAUGCACUGAUCUUUCACUUAGAUUGUUCCACGGAAAAGUCCAGUUUUCUGGCUGUGGAUGCCUCAAGCUAGCUUGUAUCUCCCUGGACAUGAUUAACUCCCAAGAGACUCAAGCUUGUUGUCACAAUGUAUGUAUCCAACCUGCUGUGCGAUUGGGAUUGUAGCAUGUGUGCCAUAAUACCUGAACCCAGCCCUACUGCAACUCAAAAGUCAACAUAAAGAA